AUGGACAAUAUACCGAAGUCCGAGCUGCCAUUAAUCUGUGAUAAGUGCUAUGGCUCUGUUUCAAAAGUGGUCAAGCAUGUUAAUGGUGAAGAGUGUAAGAUUUGUACAAGACCCUUCACAGUCUAUAGAUGGCAAAACAGGCAACAGAGUGCAAAUAAGUCUAAUAAGACUAUAAUAUGCAAUACAUGUGCUAGCAUAAGGAACUGUUGUCAGAGUUGUAUGUUGGAUAUUGAAUUUGGUAUACCUUUGGAGGUUAGAGAUACGGCUUUGAAGAUGGCAGGCUUGGAAAUGCCCAAAUACGGGAGCCAGACAAAUAAUGUGGAACUUAAACAAGUCCAGGCCGUCAAACAAGAAGCUGCACUUGCAAGUGGUAACCACCCAUCCAAUCAAUUCUCGAAGGCUAGAGAUUUGUUAACCAAACUUGCAAAGAGUUUACAGGAUAGAAGGCAGAACUCCACCUCAGAAACCAAUGAAACGAAAGCGAAGAACGCUCCAUCAACGAUCACACUAAAUACUGCGGAAAUCAAUAAAAUAGUUCAGAAAUAUCCAUUCCACGGGACACUUCAAGUUGAUGAUACCAAUAAUCAGAUUAAGGGGUAUUUCUUCUUUGGGUUCCCAGCUACUCUUCCUCAAUAUGUUCUUGAAGACUACUUGAAGAAACACGGUUCAGUAAAGCUGCUUACUGUGAUUCAUAAGGCGAGAUGCGCGUAUGCAUUAUUUUCUAAACAAGAAGCAGCUGAUAAGUUCGCUUUAUCUGUGUUGAACAAUGACUUCAAUGCCAGUGAUCUUGAAUACCCUGGUUUACUUUUGUUGGACAAUAAAUACCCUAUGAGAAUUGCAAGAUGUGGCCCUUUGAACCUCAGCACGGUGAGUGGUGAUAUGCAGAAGAAGUUAUCUCAAGUGGCCUCGAAGGAACUUCAAAAUCUUGCGGCGAAAGAUGUUAAGCGAAAGCAGAAGAAAUCAGCAAAGCCAAACGUUACAAAGUCUGUGGCCAAGCCUCCUGGCAAAAGAUCCGGACUAGAAGAAGUCAUUAUGAAGAAAGAACAACAAACUAAGAAACCCAAAUUUAACGUUGAUGUGGAACUAUAA